AGUAGGUAUUUAUUCAGACUCUGACUUGGUUUUUGUGAAGCGAGUGUAGACUGUAGAGUUAGAGUUAGCGCGUUCACGUUCACAUGAUUUCGGUGUGUUGGCGCGUCUAUACCGUAUUCGUAUGUGAUUUUGCUGCUGAAUAGGAAUCUGUCUGUAUUCGGGAAAAUCAUGAGAGCAUAGUUACGUGGUUACGUAAUUAUUAUCACAUAAACACAAAAUCUAAAUAGUUUGAUAUUUAUAUCGAUCAAUUCAAUCUUUUAGCGAAAAACAAGUUCAUUCGCUCAGUCUCAGUGGGUUAUAGUCAACCGUUAUCUUUGGUGCGUCUAAAAAUACCGGUUAUUUGAAGUAUAUUACACGGUUCAUAAACAUUACUCUAUUGAUAAUACAGUGAGAGUGAAAAUAAGUAAACAUAAAUAGACUGAAUUAUCUCAAAUAAAAUGGAAACGGUGUUAGUGGAUAAUGGUGCUCGUGCUACUAGUAAGAAAGACCGUCCUCAGAGAUCAACAAGUAUUACGUCUAGGUUAAGUGAACAGUUGAAGAAGAAUCAACCCUUUAUACCAGACGGUGGUUAUGGGUGGGUCGUAGUGAUAGCGACUUUUUUAAUUUAUGCGAUAGCUGAAGGAAUUGGUCUUGUGUAUGGGUUGUUGUAUGUACAGUUUUUGCACGAAUUUCAGGGUUCUAAAUCGGCCACUUCGUGGAUAGGAAGUUUAUUCGUCGCUCUACCAUUAGUCUCAGGACCAAUAUGCAGUGCCUUAGUCGACAGAUAUGGCUGCCAAAAAAUGACCAUCAUCGGUUCCGCCAUAACAGCUUUAGGAUUUAUUUUGAGCUCAUACGUCAACAGUCUGGGCUUGCUGUACUUAACGUAUGGUGUUAUAGGAGGUCUGGCCAGAGGGGUUUGCUACGUAACAGUGGUUGUGGCGGUAGCCUUUUGGUUCGAGAAGAGAAGAUCAGUCGCUUUGGGAAUUUCGGCCAGUGGUACUGGCUUUGGAACCAUCAUCUUCUCCCCGUUUACCAAUUUCUUGUUAUUUGAAUUUGGAUGGAGGGGUACGCUGUUGAUACUAGGAGGAUGCUUGGCUAAUAUGUGUGUAUGCGGUGCUCUGAUGAUUGAUCCCCAAUGGGUGAUUGAUGAAGAAAUAGAAAAGAAAAAGGAAGCUAAACGAAAAUUAAGAAGUGUCGAAAUGAAGGAAAUGCACAGUCUAUUACCAAAUGAUGCGGAAAAUCAUGUAGAUAAUAUUCAGGUUUUAUCAAACGGAGAAAGCAGUAGAGUAGAAGUAGUGCAACCAGAAAAAGAAAAAAAAUGGUACGAUGGUCUUAUGGUUAUGGUGAAGGCUUUUUCCAGCUUCUCAUUAUUUUUGGAUUUACAUUUCCUGUUAUUGGCUUUAACAACGCUCCUCGCUGGUACAUGGUUCUUGAUUCCAUAUUUUUAUUUGGUGGAUCAUAUGUUGGAAAGUGGCUACGACGACAAUCAAGCAUCAGUGGCUGUUUCAGUAAUUGGAUUUAUGAAUAUUGUAGGGAUGGUAUUGUUAGGUUGGAUAGGUGACCGUUGGCAUGUAGCUAAAACCUUUUCUAUAUCUUUGGUACUAUGCGGUGUUAGCAUUUGGGGGAUUAUGUUCUUUACAAGUAAUUAUAUACUUUUGAUCGGAUGCAGUGCCUCAUUUGGAUUCUUCUUUUCAAGCUGUUUUUCAUUGACACCGUCCCUUCUGGGUGAACUGGUAUCACUCGAUGAUUUCACCAUGGGUUAUGGAUUGAUCUUGCUGUGUGAGGGCAGUGGACAUUUAAUAGGACCUCCUCUAGCUGGAUACAUUUCGGACGUUUCGAAGUCUUGGGCGCAGUCAUUCUACCAAUCAGGGCUGUGGAUCAUUGUCGCUGGAUUAUUGGUAGGAACUGUAGCAUUUACGAACAACAGGAAAAUACGUCUUCCGUGCUGUAGUCGCUAGUUUUACUCAGAUCGAGAGCAGUGGCGUUUCCAGGGGGUGCCACGGGAUCAUGACCCCCCCCUUCCAAACGAAAAUAAGUAUCCUAGGGGUGGUAAGACUACGUGACCUUGCAUCAGAGAAAAGUAAUUAAAUCACCUUCAAGAUCCAUGACUCCCCCCCAAAAAAAUUCUGGAUCCGCCACUGAUCGAGAGUUUGGUAUCGGUUGCUAUCGUUGUAAUUAGAUUUAUCGUUUACCGCAGAGACAAGAAAAAUCUGUAAUUGCUAUUUGUGAAGUUGUAGCUGCCGUUAUGUUAUAUUAAAAAAUGCGUCGAGCAAGCAGCAAAAGUUAAGUGUAUCAAUACUCUGGGCUAAUUAGCAAAAUACAAGGAAAAGUUAUUUACCAGCAAUUUUAUUGCUGGAAUCGAAUUAUAAGAUCCUAUAUAUAUAUCAAUAAUAUAGGUAUGCAAAGUCCGCAGAUAGUAUGCUACUUUUUUUAUAAACAAAAUGGCGCCCGAAAAUCGUGUUUUUUUUCAAUUUUUGCUUAUAACUCCAAAGAUUUUAACUUUACAUCAAAAACACCCAAAUAAAAAUUCACCGUAAUUUAAUUCUGCAUAGAGACGUGUUUUUCCCGAUUUACUUCGACGAAAAUUUUCCCCGGAAAAUGCGGGUUUUUCCAAUAAAAUCUUUAAUUUUCAACUAAAAUUUUAGAUAAGUAAUGGUUUAUCAAUAAUUAAAUAACUUGGUAAUAUCAAAGCUGUUUUCGUAUAGAUUAUAAUUACAGAAGCCAAUGAAAAUUGAAUGAACAGUUUAGCAACAAUUGAAUUGUUCAAUAAAAAUUUUCGGUCGCUAUAAUAACCACAAUAAUUAUGAUACAUACGAAUAACUAUGAUUUUUGUAUAAAAGACACUGUGCCUAUUUAAUUUACUUUACAGAAUUAAAAUUGGACUAUUUAAGCGGCCUCAGGAAUAUUUUAAAAUUAUAAACAUUUUUUGGCUUAUAAACAAAUAGAAUAUCUCGGGAAAUAUUAAAUUAAAUUAAAUCAUGAAAACGGUAUUGGAAAAAAGCGGCAGGACGAUUCUUUUAAAAGAAAAACGUUUAAUUGUGAUGAGUGUUUCCUGAGAUACCACCGGUCAAAGUUGACCAGCAUUUACGGCAAAGAUAUAAACAAUAAGCUCAUAGUUUUCGGACCAUCACCUUUUUAUUUUUGUCCUCUUUCUCCACGCCAAUUUUUAUGUCUUUAAACAUAUCUCAUAAACAUAUAUUAUAAUAAAAACUGUCGAUAUUACGAGUGAAAAUUGCCAAAAAUAGAAAAAUUCCAAUCAAAAAUUAGGUUGGAGAAAAUGUAAUCUCAAAGUUCAAAAUCGGUAUACGUAAAAAAAAUGCAUUUUCUCGGCUUCCAUGGAGCAAUUUUCUUCAUUAUUUUUUUGUUCCCAACAAGCCAUCUAACUAACGCAUUAUUCAAUGUCAAACUUGCUUUUGUUUUGUUAUAAUAUAUUAAUUUAUUUAUAAGAAAAGUAUUACAGGUAUACAGAAAAGGUAUAAAGUAUUACAUAUUUUUUCCAGUUGUAGACUUUUUUUAGAUAAAUUUACUAGAAGUGUACCUUUUAACGUUAAAGAUACAAAUAUUCUCAUUUGAAAGCUGUAUAAUUAUUUAAACAAACUUUAUUUAAACAAAUUAAAAAAAUUUGUUAUAAUAAAUAAAUAAAUUUAUUGUAACAAAACAAAAGCAACUUUGACAUUUAAUAAUGCGUUAGUUAGAUGGCUCUACUCUAGUUACUUGGGAACAAAAAAAGAAUUAAGAAAAUUGCUCCAUGGGAAGCUGAGAAAAUGCAUUUUUUUAACGUAUACCGAUUUUGAACUCUGAGAUUACAUUUUCUCCAACCUAAUUUUUGAUUGGAAUUUUGCUAUUUUUGGCAAUUUUCACUCAUAAUAUUCAUAGUUUUUAUUAUAAUAAUAUACGUUAUGAUUAUUUUAAAGAUAUAAAAAUUGGUUUGGAGAAAGAGCACCGAAAUAAAAAGGUGAUGGUUCGAAAAUUAUGAUCCUAUUGUUUAUAUCUUUGGCGUAAAUGCGGGUCAAAUUUGACCGGUUGUAUCUCAGGAACCACUCAUCACAACUAAACGUUUUUAUUUUAAAAGAAGCCUCCUGCCGCUUUUUUCCAAUAACGUUUUCAUGAUUUAAUUUAGUUUAAUAUUUCCCGAGAUAUUCUAUUUGUUUAUAAGCCAAAAAAUUGUUUAUAAUUUUAAAAUAUUGCUGAGGCCUCUUAAAUAGUCCAAUUUUAAUUCUGUAAAGUACAUUAGAUAGACACAGUGUCUUUUUAUACAAAAAUCAUAGCUUUUAUUAUGUUUCAUAACUAUUGUGGUUAUUACAGCGACCGUAAAUUUUUAAUUAACAAUUCAAUUGUUGCUAAACUGUUCAUUCAAUUUCAAUUGGCUUCUGGAAUUAUAAUCUAUAUGAAAAGAGCUUUUAUACUACUAAGUUAUUUAAUUAUUGAUAAACAAUUACUGAUCUAAAAUUUUAGUUGAAAAUUAAAGAUUUUGUUGGAAAAACUCGCAUUUUCCGGGUAGCAUUUUCGUCGAAGAUAAUCGGGAAGAACACGUCUCUAUGAAUAAUUUAAUUACGGUGAAUUUUUAUUUGAGUAUUUUUGGUGUAAAGUUAAAAUUUUUGGAGUUAUAGAGCAAAAAUUGAAAAAAACUCGAUUUUCGGGCGUCAUUUUGUUUAUAAAAAAAAAUAGCACACUAUCUGCGGACUUUGCAUACUUAUAUUAUUAAUAUAUACAAUCAUAAGAUUCGAUUCCAGCAAUAAAAUUGCUGGUAAAUAACUUUUCCCAAAAAUGGCCUAUUCUCCGGUAACCUGCCCAGACUACAAGGGAGCUUUUACUUUCUAAAUUAAAAAAAAAAAAGAAAUUUUUUAAAUAUUUCAAAUAUUGAACUAUUAUAUUAUGGUUAUAAUUUUUUUGUAUACAUUGUUAAGAAAGAGGUCUACAAAUCACUUUUUGGGGCAUUUUUCGUUGUAUUUCAUCACCGCAGAGGACCUCUUCCAAAAAAUGCAUUUAAAUUUGGAAGACAAUUUUCUGCCUUCCUGUAACAUUUUUUUUUUCAAGUUCCAACGGGAUUUUAAUUCUUGAGACUUAAAACUAAUAAACCUUUAAAAAGUUAAUUUUUUUAUAAUUUUACGGCCUAUGUUCAAGACUGUAUAAUAGUUUCGAAAAAACGUUUAUCUGUGAGAAUGCUGUUUGGAGGAGGAGGUACAACUACGAUAUAUACCACAGAUAUAAACAUAUAUUUGGUGGUAAAGACGUAGUAUCUCUUAUAAGAAUAGGAAGACUAAGAUGGGCAGGACAUCUAGCAAGAUCACAGCAGAACAACCCUCCUAGAAGAAUCAUUGUGUCACAACCCGUGGGAAGUAGAAAUAGGGGUAAGCCAAAACUCAGAUGGAAGGGUGGUACAGAUGAGGAUGGUAGAAAAAUAGGCGCAACAAACUGGCAACAGUUUGCAAUGGAUAGAACUGAUUGGCAUAAUAGACUUGGGAAGGUCGAGGCUCUUCUAUAGGGCUGUAGCACCAUUGAUGAUGUGUUGCACCACCUGUGAAGACACAAGUUACUAUGCAGGAAACUAUCUCUACCAUAUCUUAGCCACAAAAUUUAUUUUUGUGGAUUAUUUGUUAAAUUAAAUACUUCGACUGCAUUGAUCCAGAAAUUUUUUGCGAUUUUCAAAUUUUCGAUAUAUUAUUUUAAUUAUGCGCGCUCCCUUUAUAAGUUUUAGAAAGCAACUCGAGUUGCAGGUGCUCAGGUCAGGCGUCGCAAGCCGUGUUGUACUCAAACGAGUUUUAGCUCGGGUACUACUACCGUUAUAAAUACAGUUGUAGUUUCGUUUCUAUUUCGAAUUUAUUAAUAGAAUAGAACAAUAUUUCUACGAUACGAAGCAAUGUUUUUACGUAAAAAAAAACAAAAAUCGAUUUUUUUUAAUUUAGAAAGUUAAAGUCCCUUCAAUAAGACAGAAACCUCAUUUACUAUCAAAGUAAUGUGCCAUGAAAAAAGCUUUUCUACGGAAUCAAAGUUAAAUUAACUUACUUACUUAAUCAGUAGACCCAUUUGUACCUUUCGGUGUUGGGCCGUUUAUAAUACAAUUCAUUAAAUUACAAUAUUUUACAAUCUUCUGAAUUGUCCUAGCUCUUAACGAACUUUCUCCAUUCCUUCCUAUUGGAUAUUAUCUGUGUUGCUUCCUGCCAAGUCUUACCCUUACUCUGCAGUAUCUGCGAAAUGUCACUGUUCCAUUCUUUAAUGGGUCUUCCUCUUCUAUUCUUCCCUAUUGGUUUGGCGUCCCACACUCUUUUUACUUGUCUAUUAUUGUCCAUCCGGGUUAGAUGUCCGAACCAUGCCAAUUUUUUCUCCUUGAUUGAGUCGAGUAUCGGUUUGAUGUUGAGUCUUUCUCUUAUUUGAUCAUUUCUGAUUCUAUCAGUUCUUUUUACUCCGAUCGUUCUUCUGAGGUAUUUCAUCUCUGCUGCCUGAAUUCUGCUCUGAUGUAUUUUGUUUAAUAUCCAAUUUUCUGCUAUAUAUGUCACCGUAGGUCUUUUUGUUUUGUAUAUUGUCAUCUUGGUCUUUGUUGAUAUUUCUUUGUUGUAGUUAAAUUAAAAAUGUUUUAAGUUCUUUGUUUUCAGAAUAGGCUGCUAGGUAAAGGGGUUAAAUCGGAUAUUUACAUAUUUACAAUAUGAAUAAAUAUAUGUUAGUAAGGUUCUGAAACUAUUUUCUUGUGGCAUGUUAAAUAUUGAGCUUUAUAUGGGAUUCAGUCACAAUUGAUUGUAAUGAAAAUUACAUUUUUAACGACUGUUUGACGUUUCAAUAUUUACAAGAGUUUAACAUAAAUCACCUAUCCAGGGUGAAUUGAGUGAGCAAUUUUCUAGCAGAUCUUCUUCUUCUUUAGCCCAUUUCCACCCAACUUUGGAUAUAGGCCUUCCCCCAAUCUUUCCAUACCUGUCUGUCCUUGGCUGCGCUUUUCCAGUGAGUUCCUGCAGCUUCUGCAGGAUCGUCAGUCCUUCUAUCGCAUCUGAGGUCUUCCUCUUCCUCUUCUUCCUGUCCACUGUCUCCAGUUUCGUAUUUCAGCAUUCCACCUUCUAUCUUCCUGUCUCGCAUUGUGGCCCGGAAAUCUCCACUUUAACCCUGUUAUAUGUUCAGUUAAUUUUUUACUUUUGUUUUCUCUCUUAUCCAUUUGAUUCAUUUUCUGUUUUGCAGUUUUAUUCCCAACAUGGAUCUUUCCAUUUUUCUCGGAGUUAUUUCUAUUUUGUUUAUGUUGGCCUUUGUUAAUGUCCAUGUUUCUGAGCCGUACGUCAGAACAGGAAGGAUGCACUGGUCAAACACACGGGUUUUUAGGUACUAUUGUAUCUUUGUGCUUUUUAGUAUCCAUCUUAACUUUCCAAACGCUGCCUACGCCAAUCUGAUUCUUCUUAGUACUUCAGGGAGCAAUGUAAAUUAGAAAUAUACAGAUAAAUAUAUACGCAUUCCAAAUUUGACCAAAGUAAUAUAUAAUCUGUUGUCGAAACCUUUCAGAAGAAAACCACCAGAAGGGCAACAAGUAAAACAGCUAUGAUUGCUCAUAGUCCAAGAAAGUUAGCAUUCCGCAACAAGCGAUAGUAACAAAAAGGAGAAAACCAAUGAAUUUUUCAAAUUUUUUUCACAAAUUGGCAUUUUUAAUAAUAUUUCUAAGAUAUUGAAGCUAAAAAAGAGACUCAUACGAUUUACAAAAUCCAAAACAGAUAUCGCCUGGUCUGAAGCAUAUUUUCAUCGUAAAUUACAUUCUGGAUAAUUUUACCUCCGUUAUUGUUUGUCAUAGAUACUUUUUAGAACAAAGAUUUAAAAACAAGAGUUUAUGACGUCGAUUUUUCAUUUUAAUAGUUUUCCUGGGUUUUCCUUAAAACUUUCUAGAGACAUUGCUCUAAAAAUCAUAAGUUCCGACUCCCUAUGAUCAACUUUUAAACUGUUGGUAUACAGAUCACACAAAGUAAGAAUAGACAAGGCAUUGUGAGCUAAAGAAUGAAACGCAGAGCACUGGAUCAGUGGUUUAUCUAGAUCAUUUUACCACGCAAUCAGGCGCGUAUGACAAACAAAGAUGGCUAGACCAGUUUAACCAGAUUUACACCUUAACUAGUGACGUGGAUGGUUCAGGACGUAGACUCUGACAUGCGGUAUGCCAUACCGUUGCCUAUUCUCCUUUGUUUUCAGUUUGAUUUUACCUUGUAUCUCUGUAUUUGUUUUGUACAUCAAUACUCUGGGCUAAUUAGCAAAAUACAAGGAAAAAUUAUUUACCAGCAAUUUUAUUUCUGGAAUCGAAUCUUAUGACUGUAUAUAUUAACAAUAUAGGUAUGCAAAGUCCGCAGAUAGUGUGCUACUUUUUUUAUAGACAAAAUGGCGCCCGAAAACUGUGUUUUUUUCAAUUUUUGCUCUAUAACUCCAAAGAGUAUAACUUUACACCAAAAACACCCAAAUAAAAAUUCACGGUAAUUAAAUUCUGCAUAGAAACGUGAUUUUCCCAAUUUACUUCGACGAAAAUUUUCCCGAUUUACUUCAACGAAAAUUUUCCCCGGAAAAUGCCGGUUUUUCCAAAAAAAUCUUUAAUUUUCAACUAAAAUUUUACAUAAGUAUAUCAAUAAUUAAAUGACUUGGUAAUAUAAAAGCUGUUUCCGUAUAGAUCAUUCCAGAAUCCGAUGGAAAUUAAGUGAAAAGUUUAGCAACAAUGGAAUUGUUAAUUAAAAAUUUACGGUCGCUAUAAUAACCACAAUAAUUAUGAUACAUAAGAAUCAUUAUGAUUUUUGUAUAAAAAGACACUGUACCUAUGUAAUGUACUUUACAGAAUUAAAAUUGGACUAUUUAUGCGGCCUCAGGAAUAUUUUAAAAUUAUAAACAAUUUUUUGGCUUAUAAACAAAUAGAAUAUCUCGGGAAAUAUUAAAUUAAAUUAAAUCAUGAUAACGGUAUUGGAAGAAAAGUGGUAGGACGCUUCUUUUAAAAGAAAAAAACUUUUAAUUGUGAUGAGUGGUUCCUGAGAUACAACCGGUCAAAGUUGACCGGCAUUUACGGCAAAUAUAUAAACAAUAGGAUCAUAAUUUUCACACCAUCACCUUUCUAUUUUUGUCCUCUUUCUCCACAACAAUUUUCAUAUCUUUACAAUAGUCAUAACAUAUAUUAUUAUAAUAAAAACUAUCGAUAUUACGAGUGAAAAUUGCCAAAAAUAGCAAAAUUCCGAUCAAAAAUUAGGUUGGAGAAAAUGUAAUCUUAAAGUUCAAAAUCGGUAUAGGUACGUUAAAAAAUUGCAUUUUCUCGGCUUCCCAUGGAGCAAUUUUCUUCAUUCUUUUUUUGUUCCUAAGUAACUCGAGUAGAGCCAUCUAACUAAUGCAUUAUUAAAUGUCAAACUUGCUUUUGUUUUGUUAUAAUAGAUUAUUUUAUUUAUAAGAAAAAGAAAACUACAUAUUUUUCCAGUUGUAGACUUUUUUUAGAUAAACUUACUACAAGUGUACCUUUUAACGUUAAAAACACAAAUAUGUAUCCUCUUUUGAAAGCUGUAUAAUUAUUUAAACAAUCUUUAUUUAAACAAAUUAAAAAUUUUGUUAUAAUAAAUAAAUUAAUUUAUUAUGACAAAACAAAAGCAAAUUUGACAUUUAAUAAUGCGUUAGUUAGAUGGCUCUACUCGAGUUACUUGGGAACAAAAAAAGAAUGAAGAAAAUUGCUCCAUGGGAAGCCAGGAAAAUGAAUUUUUUUAACGUAUACCGAUUUUGAACUUUAAGAUUACAUUUUCUCCAACCUAAUUUUUGAUCGGAAUUUUGCUAUUUUUGGCAAUUUUCACUCGUAAUAUCGAUAGUUUUUAUUAUAAUAAUGUAUGUUAUGACUAUUGUAAAGAUAUGAAAAUUGUUGUGGAGAAAGAGGACAAAAAUAGAUGUUUCAAAAAUUUUGAUCCUUUGUUUAUAUCUUUGCCGUAAAUGCCGGUCAACUUUGAUCGGUUGUAUCUCAGGAUCCACUUAUCACAAUUAAAAGUUUUUUCUUUUAAAAUAAGCGUCCUGCCGCUUUUUUCCAAUACCGUUUUCAUGAUUUAAUUUAAUGUAAUAUUUUCCGAGAUAUACUAUUUGUUUAUAAGCCAAACAUUGUUUAUAAUUUUAAAAUAUUCCUGAGGCCGCAUAAAUAGUCCAAUUUUAAUUCUGUAAAGUACAUUACAUAUUAUGUACAGUGUCUUUUUAUACAAAAAUCAUAAUGAUUCUUAUGUAUCAUAAUUAUUGUGGUUACUAUAGCGACCGUAAAUUUUAAUUAACAAUUCAAUUGUUGCUAAACUUUUCACUUAAUUUCCAUCGGAUUCUGGAAUUAUAAUCUAUACAAAUCGAGCUUUUUUAUUACCAAGUUAUUUAAGUAUUGAUAAAGAAUUACUUAUCUAAAAUUUUAGUUGAAAAUUAAAGAUUUUGUUGGAAAAACUCGAAUUUUUCGGGGAAAAUUUUCGUCGAAGUAAAUCGGGAAAAACACGUCUCUAUGCAGAAUUUAAUUACGGUGAAUUUUUAUUUGGGUCUUUUUGGCGUAAAGUUAAAAUCUUUAGAGUUAUAGAGCAAAAAUUAAAAAAAAAACACGAUUUUCGGGCGCCAUUUUGUUUAUAAAAAAAGUAGCACACUAUCUGCGGACUUGCAUACCUAUAUUAUUAAUACAUAUAAUCAUAAGAUUCGAUUCCAGCAAUAAAAUUGCUGGUAAAUAACUUUUCCCAAAAAUGGCCUAUUCUCCGAUAAAUCUGCCCAGACUACAACUACGGAAUGAUUCUUCAACUGUUAUAAAAUAAAAUACUACUCCAAAUAAAAUAAACUUUAUUUUUUCAAGAAAAUUAUGAAAGCAUGCAUGGAUAUUAAAAAAAUUGUGGAGGUUCGUACAAAAUCCCUUAUCAUCAUCAUCAUCUUGGUGCUACAGCCCUUAGAGGGCCUCGACUUUCUCAAGCUUUCUACGCUUUCUGUUCUGUCCCUUGCUUGCAUUUUCCAGUUGCCGACUCCGAUCUUCUCGACAUCUUGUGUUACCCCGUCCAUCCACCUCAGCUUUGGUCUACCCCGUCUUCUCAUUCCCACGGGUUGCGCUGUUAAAAUCUUUUUUAUCAUGUUCGAUUCAGGGGCCCGGGCUGCAUGUCCUGCCCACUGCAGGCGGUUUCGCUUAAUUAUAGUGGUAUAUAUUUUCCACCAAACGUACUUAUGCUUGUAGAUAUUCUGCAGUUCAAAGUUCUAUAUCUACGCCUCCAUAUUCCUCCGAAUAUCUUGUGCAGAACCUUUCUGUCAAAAAUCGAUAGAGCGGAUUCAUCUGUUUUAGUUAACGUCCAUGCCUCUGAUCUAUAUGUGAGAACGGGGACUAUCAAUGACCCCGUUGGGACAAAAUCCCUUAUAAACUGAAUUAUAAAACACCUUGGGAUUUGGUAACUAAAAAAUAGUAAAAUAUUGUUGAAAGCACUACUGGAAAGUAGAACAAUUGGAUGAACUUGCUGCUAUACUAAUAGCGAAAGAAUACACUGGAUUGCUUUUAACUAUAGAAACGUAAAUACUGACAUGCGGUACGAGAUACCGCAUGAAAACUAUACAUCAACGUGACUCAAAAAAUAAACCAUAUUAAAACUGCAGCAGUUGAGAGCACAUUGUACAAUUACACACCACUUAAAGGUACGCAGGUGGUGUUCUAGGAAUCUUUUAUAAAACACGUUUUACAAUAAAAUUUAGGCGCGAUAUAACAUACCGCAUGUCACUGGUUAAGGGUUAAAGUGAAUAUUAGUGUUUGACGCCUAUUCUUACCUAGUCUAUUCUUAUUAUGUUUAUGGUACAGAUUCCAAGUAGACUAGAAAUUAUAUUCUAAAAAGUUCCUAAACUUACUUUCUACCAUUUACUUUGUUACUUUUUAUGCGAAAUAAUGUGAAAUUACCUAUUGUUAAAUGAUUGAGAUUGGUUGUGCAACAACCUUGAUAUUUUAUGAUUUAAAAAAUUGUGAUUUCUAACUAAUAAAUAAAUGAUAACUGUUUUAAUAUAAUAUGAUACCAAUGAUUGACUCUACCAAUAUGCUUGUAAGCUGUCACACUUAUUAACAUUGUUGUAAAAUCUGUAAAAUUAGAAAAAUAUACUUAUUAGGGGAGAUCGGAGCUAGUUGGCCAAUGUUUUGAAGUAUUUAUAUUUGCAAAAUUUUAAGCAAACAAUUAUUUAUAGUGUAAAAAACUUGAUACGAAUUUGUUUGUUAACAAAUCGGCGAAAGAAAUCACCUAAAACAGGAUAAGCAACUUUAUUUUACCCAAGUCUUGGUCUAUUGAAGAUGAUUAAUAUUCACCUUAACACUUGUGUCUCCCUUUUGUCUUUUCUACUUCUAACCAUAGACAUAUAAUAAGUAGACUGCGCGAUACAAUCUAAAACUGUUCCCAUGUGCGACAGAGAAAAGUGUAAACAGGGUGUGAAUCUCUUUUUAAUCAGCGGUGUUUAUCGACCACAUGAGAUGCAUGUGCAAGUGUUUACAAACACUUUUGUCUGUCUCACUGGGGAAACAGUUUUAGAUUGUAACGCGCAGUCUAGGUUUUAUAUGUCUAUGCUUCUAACCUAACCAAACCUAGGUUAUUUGGACUAUGCAAAAAAGAAGUAGAAGAAGUAGAAAAGCGUAACUUAGUACGCCAACCAACUCAUUCGUCAAUACUCACCCCAAUCUCUCCUCCACACCAAACUUUAAAAAUUACUUAAUUAACGACUGACAAAACUACUUAAGCAGAUACUACCUACACCAGCGACUCUCAAACUUUUUGAGUCAUGUACUAAUUUUUUUGGUACCACCUAACUGACGUAAUCUAGCUAGGUAAUUUAAUUAACUAUAAUGGUGGAGCUGAUUUUGGCUAUAUUUUUGCGUACCACCACAAAUAAUAAGACGUACCACUAGUGGUACAUGUACCACAAAUUGAGAAACGCUGAUCUACACUGCCACGCAUAAUUAACCGGACACUAAGUUUGUUUUAAGUAAAACUAAAAAGUAUUAGAAAAACUUCAUUUACAAUUUUUUUAUUCCGUAGUAAAAUAUAAAUCAUAAAAUAAUCCUAUAUCCUAUAUUCCUUAAUUUACCUAUUAUCAUUCAAGACAUCUUCCCCUACUAUUAGAAGAUCUGUACCUAUGUGCUUCCAAAGAACUGUUACCUCAUGCCAUUAUACCUCCAUAACCAAACUAUAUUCUAUGAGAGAAGCAACAUUCAUUCUCCAGGCCUAAAUCAAGACUUUUCUGUAAAAACGUCGUUUGUCCAAUUUUUCAUAUGCCAAUUUGUCUGAGCAUGACAGCAUUCCAGUGGACUGUCUUCCAUACAUACUUUCCGUGUCCCUUUCAGUUCUGGUCUGAUAUAAACUGGAUGAAAGCAGCAAUCUCGUGUUGCAUCCCACUCGUUUACCUGCUAGUACUAGUAAACAGCGCCUGUUUUAACGCUAUCAUAAAUUCAAUUGUCAGUUGUCUUCAAUGAGCUAUGUCGACUAAAGGACUUGUAGCAGCUACAUAAGAUGAUGAAUUUUCCCAUAAAAAUCUGCCAGUCUCCGUCAAUGCUGUAGCAGUAACUCUCUGCUCUCUAAGCUUUCGCAAUCUAAGAAACCGAUCUUCCACGAUGUUUGUUGUUCUUCGUCUGUCUGUCCAGGUCUUCUUAAAUAAGAACUAGUUCCUUGAAAUUUUUGUAAAACAUCGAAUAUUGUACUACGUGGUACGCCAAUCGUUUCUCAUAUAUUACGAAUGGAAUGUCCAUCAUUAUGCAGUGCUACAGCUUCCACUACUUGAUCUGGUCUUAUUGUAAAUUAUUCUACUACUAAUACUAUCGGUUUACAGCGUUCUCCGACGGCUUCCGACUUCACUAACCGCCAUUCUUCUCUGUUUAGCCAUAGACUUGGAGGGAUUUCUCUUUCCUCUAGUACUUUUUUAAUUCCCUUCCUCCAGCUUCUUCUCGGAAUUCCUUUUUUUCUUCUUCCUUGUGGUGUUUAGUUCCAAAGUUUGUUUAGGGGUCUUGUCAUCUGGCGUUCUUUGUACAUGGCCGUACCAUACCAAUUGUUUUAUUUUUCCUAUCAUCAAUUUCCUAUUGUAUGUGUGACUGUCAUCAUUUCUCUUAUUUCUCGUAAUCUCUUAUUGGGUAUCCGAUCUUUUCUUGAUUUGCUGCAGCUCUUCUCCAGAAGUUUCUGUUUCUAGUAAUAUUUCCUCUGUACUUUGUUUCAGUGGCCAAACUUCACUGCCAUAUGUGAUUACACUUUUAAGUAUGGUAUUGUAUAUAAGCUGCUUGUUCGCUUUAGAUAUUGUUUGGUCCCACAGAAUGCCGUUCAUCAUGGAUAUGGCUUUUCUACCAUGUAUGUUUCUUUUAUAGCAGCAUCUAGUGUUCCAUCUUGAGUUAUACUCAUGCCCAGGUACUUGUAUUCAUCACAGUAUUUAAGUUCUACGCCAUCGUCUAAUAUAAUGGACUGCUUUGUCCCUCCCAUACACCAUGGCUUCAGUUUUCUUAAUAUUGACUUCAGGACCUCAUUUGUUAUACUCUUCUAUUAGCUUCCGCGUCAUGUAACUCAAGUCGUCAGGAUCCUGAGCAGUCAGAAUUUGGUCAUAAGCGAAACAUAAAGUGUAUAGUGUUGUCUCGUCACCGAGAGGGAUUCCCAUGCCAUUACAUUUUCUUUUCCACGGCUUGAGUACUCGUUCCAGAUAAAUUUUAAAAAGGGUGGGCGAAAUACAACAACUCUGCUUCAAUCCUUUCGUGACCUUAAAUCCCUCAGAUAUCCUUGAUCCAGUUUUAAUUGUUGCAGUAGUUCCAUUGUACAGAUUUUGGACUACUUUUAUAAGACCAUGUUUAAUGUUGGUUUGAUGUAGGGUUGAUCAUAGUUUGCUGAGAGGCACACUGUCAUAUGCUUUUUGUAAGUCUACGUACACCAGGUGAACUUCUUUAUUGACGGCUGCUUUUUUUUCUCAAUAACCUGCGUAAUAGAGUACAAAAGGUUUACUGUGGAUCGCCCAGCUCUAAAGCCAGCUUGCUCCUCUGAUUCGUAAUCUCUAUAAUCCUUUUCUAUUUUGAUCUUAAUAAGUUUCCCACACAUCCUACUUAUUGUGCUGUUUACCGCAAUUUCUCUGUACUUUUCACACUGAUCCAUGCUCCCUUUUUGUGUCUGUACCGCCUCACUAAUUCUGCAGGAAUGUCACCAGACCCAGGGGAUUUUCCAUUUUUCAGGGAUUUGGUUAUUUCUUCCAUCUCUGAUUUACUUAUUUGUAAUGGUGAUAAAUUUAUAUGUAUACCUACUGUGCUGUCUUCUACGUUAGCAAAUUCUAGUCUUUGUUCUGUUAGUAAUUUUUGAAAUAUUCUUCCCAUUUUUCCGCUAUUAUUGGUGAUAUAACGUAUUUUUUCUUAUUUCUCAUAUUUUUGAUUAAUCUCCAACUCUCUGUGCUUUUUCUGCCCUCUACGUAAAGGUUGAUUUUUUUGGCAGUUCUUUUCCCAUGGAUCGUUCUUUUUUGAGUUUAAUUAUUCUUUGUUAUUAAUAUACUUUUUAUUUCCAAAAAAAAUGGAACAAUUCACCAUAAACAAGCCAUACAAGAUAAAAAACUGUUAAACAUUUUUUAAAUUAUUAUAUAGAAUAAUUCAAUAAAUAAAAAUAAAACUAAAAGGAGCAAACUUUUAUGUGUCUGGUUAAUUUUGGGGGGCAGUGAUGUAGAUACAUAUUUUUAUAUAUUUUAUUUAUAAAAUAUGAUCAAGUAAAGUUAAAAAACAAUCUUUGUAGAUAUUUAACAUUUUUAUAUGAACUUUGUACUUAUAGUUAGUUACUAGAAAUUUGAUUGUUCAACAGUGAUCGCAAACCAGAAGAUUAUUUGUAAGUAUUACUUGAGUAUUUAUACAAGAGGUGAUAUCGUUUUUAUUUUACUAAAUUUAAAUAGUAUUAUGUGUUUUGAAUUGUAUAUACUUUUACUAUUGUAUGUCUAUUAGCUCUAAUAAAAUUAUAGUUUGUUAUGUGUUAUGGUUA